AUCACCAGAUGAUAAAGACGUACAUUUAUACUUCUCUUAUUAUUUUUAUUUUUUGCAAUUAUUCAAGGCAAAAAAUCUCAUGCUAAUUGAUAAAUUUAUUAUUAUUACUGUUUAAUUAAAUUUCUAUAAUAAUUAACUUCUUUUUUCAUAUAUUUUUAUGUCUAUUUCAUGUAAUAUUCAUUUCUGCACAUGUGAAAUUCGACUGGUGAACAAGUUUAAAUCACCAACACAGAUCUAUCAUAAAGCCCACGUUGUGAUUUUAGCAUUUUCUUUUAUACAUCAAAUCAAUGGCAACUCCAAAGAUCAAUGAGAAACUGUGCGAAGUGUUGGAGUUAUUUCUUUUACCGAAUUAUGUUGUUGCUUCAACUACGUAUUUGGAUCUUUUACUGUCACAUAUUUCCAAUUCAAUCUCACAAUCUAACACUAAAAAUGAUGAACUAUCUUGGAUUGUUAAGGAAUGGUUAUUAAAAGCUUCAGAUACAUGGAAUACCGAAUUUAAACCUUGCCAAGCAGUGAUUGUUUUUACUCUAAAACUUGCAGGAACAAUAGGAAAAAAUAGCGAUGAUUUUGUUUAUUUACAAAAAGACAGGGUAUUUGAUAAAUUACUGGAAAUAUUUAAUCUCGAAGAAAAUAAUUUACCAGCAUCUAUUAAGAUGGCAUAUACAAGUAUGUUAUUAGAUAUUGUUGGAUAUGAAGAAGGAAGAAAGUGGAUAAAAACAUCCGGUGUUUGGAAGGAUAUUGUAAAAUUCUCACAUUUGAAUCAUACAAUGUAUGUGACUCGAGAGAGCCACAAGUUUAUUACAGAAUUACUUAUCAAUGAUUCUCAAAAUAUUCAAUUUUGUACAGAAGUACUACAAGCAGUAUGUGAACCAAUUAUCAACAAUACUUUUAAUCCUCAAAUUCACACAACAUUAGAGGACAUUUAUUUAGAUCAAACUAGAGUACUUUCCACUACUUUAGAAAUAAUAACAAGUAUAUUAGAGAAUACUCUAUUUUUCAGUACAGAUAAUACUAUUCCUAAAUUAUUAGUAGAGCUGAUAGAUUUGGAAGCUCGAGUAAAAGCUCUUCUAGAAGCUUGUAUCAGCACGAAAUUUCUAUCGAACAUUCAAAAGUUGUGGAUUCUUUUAAUUUUAUAUAAUGUUAAAUGUGGUUGGGAAACCAACAAUGAAGGUAAAACUAUUGUCAACCAAGAGCACUGGGACAAAUUUCGCUUGGGUUACUGUUACAUGCAAACAUUGUUUAUAUCUAAGAAAUACAUAAUUGAGGUAGCACGAACCAAUAAAUAUGCAUUAAUUUAUUGGAAAAAGUUAACAGAUCUCAAACAUUUUAGUUUACCUCAUAAAGAUCAUCAAUUUGAACAUCAAGUGGUAGCAUUGAUGAUAACACCACUACUAGUAUGUUUGAGAAAAGGGUAUAAACACGAUUUAUUUGAAAUUUUUAUGGAUAAAAUGUUCAAUAUAACUUGUUUACCUAUUUUAAGACUUACUUAUGAAGUAAGAGAUGUUAUGCUUAGGGAAGAUUUACCAGUAGAAUUAAUUUCUAAAUCUUGCGUCGAAAUGUUAUUGGAAAUAAUUGAUAUUAUGGAUAGAGAAACGGCAGUAAUUGCUUUUCAAAGUAUGUGUCACGUUUUAAAAAAUUACGUUUCAACCGAAAGUUAUAGUAACUCCACUACUUUACAAAAUCAUAAUUCUAACAAUUGCUACAAUAAUUUGUCGCCGGAAUUAAUGAUAGAUGAUACAACUGCUGAAAGCCCUAUUUUACUUUCAGCUUUAAUUCAUGGAUGUAAUAAUCAUCAUGAAGAAUACUGUUCUAGACCAGCAAGUUAUCAAAAAAAUGAUCUACCCAAAUCUAUACUUGAUGGUGAUCCUAUUGUAGAAAAUCCAGUAUUACUAUCAACGUUGCUACAUGGAGUUGCUAUAAUGACGGAAAAAUUUCAAUUCAAAUGGCGUGAUUGUGUUGAAACAAUUUGUGUUUUAUUUCUCGCUCAAGGGAUUUUAAAUCAUAGUGGAACGUUACCCAAUAUUUGUGUUAAAGCUUUAAAAUUAUGCAAACUCGCUAUAGAAAACUUCAUGCCACCAAAUUUAGCUUUAUUAGUAAAUAGUGAGAGUCAUAUGAAUAAUAUUGGACCGACGUUAUAUAAAAGAUUACAUGAUCCAAACUGGGAAGUUCGUGAUAGUGCAUUAGAAGUUCUUCAUGUUAUUGCAGACAUUUCAGAAAAUACAUACCCAGCUUUUCAGGAACUUCUCCUUACCAAUCAACUCAUUCCAUUAAUAACUGAUAUGGCAAUGAAAGAUGGAGAGAGUUACGUUCGAGCUUCAGCAUUGAAAUUUAUUGCUAUCACAACACGAAUAAAUAAUUUAUGGGAUCGAGAGUUAUCUAGGCUAGAUUUACUUGAGAAAACAUCAGAGUUAUUUAAAAAUGAAAGUGAAGCCAUUGUUCGAAAAGAAGCAAUUGCAUUAAUUAAAGAAUUAUAUGUCCACAGAAAAUGGCCAAAAGCAACAUUGAAAGCUAUUAAUGAUAUCAUGGUUGAAGCAGCAAUAUUGGAUCUUCAUUGGGAAGUUAAAAUAAAUGCACUUAAAUAUUGGCGUCAUCUUAUGACUGUUGAUCUCAAUGAUCAAGGAAUGCUCGAUGGGGAAUUUCCAAAUGUAACAUUUUCUAAGGAGCAUCGAAAAAUAGUUACACUUGAUGAAAGAGAAAUUAAAAAUUUGAUCAAUAAAGCAAUGGAUACUAUGGCAAAACAAAAUUGUCUUGGGGUACUUCUUCUUACAUUGGAAGAUGAAAGUGAUUUUGAAGUAUCUAAAAAUGCAGCUAAUAUUAUCCAAGAACUCAAAGGACUACUACUUAAAUAUAAUGUUCAUAAAGUUGGCGUAGAUGAAAAUAUAUUUGAAAUAAACAAUUCUACGCUUGACACAGUUUAUGUUAAUCAACCUUCUAAUUCAACAAACUAUCAAGAGAGUAAUUCUUCAAAUGAUUUAUCGCGGGUCAUCGAUGACAUUAUUGAUUCAAAUGAUGCAAGUUUGUUGGCAUCAAUAUAUAAAAAUGUCAUGAAAAUGGAUGAAGAUAGUGGGAAUAGAAAACAAGAGAUUUUAGAACGAAUAUCAAAAAUUACGAGAGAACAAUUCUUAUCGACAAUACUUAAUUCAGAUAUUAAUGCUUAUAUUGAAGAAAGAUGUAGAUGGUUAAAUACUUAUACAGUUUCAUUUGAUUCUGUCUUGGAGGAUAUUUUAACAGUAUAUCAACAAAAAGAUAUCAACACUAUGGAUUGCUAUUAAAAGAUUUGAAAUAGAUGUACAUAUAAAUAUAUUUUUAAUAUUUUAUUUCAAUAAAUGUGUGGUUUUUUAUCCAAAAAAUUAUAUUUCAGACUUGGAAUGUAAAAUGUACUUUAAUUUUAUUAUUACUC